AUGCGUCUUGCUCUUAUUCUAGCACUUGUGUCUUCUCUUCAGAUAUUUCAACAGUCAAGUGUUGAUCCUAAAGAAUUUCAAACUAUUUGGCAGAUUUCUCUUGUAACAGCUGCAUUUCCAAUUGGGAAGUUUAUUGCAACUUGUUUUCUCUCUUUUCACGAAGUCAAACUACACGAAGAACUUGAUAAAUGUGCCCGAUUACUUCUUCUCGGAGCAAUAAUUUCAGCGAUUCCCAUUUUCCAAACGACUUGCUCAUUUGUUGGCCGUUUCGUGAUGGGAUAUUCAGCUGGAAGUGGUUUUGUUUGUGCUCCUGCAGUACUUCGACUUGCUGUACCUGAGAGCAUGAGACCUACAAACUUUUUAUUUUUAGCCGCAGCCUUUUCAAUGGGAACUUUUCUUGCAAAUUCCAUGUUUUUACUUUCAGAAUUGAUAUCUCCAACUUUUCUUUCUGCAGGUCUUACUGCUUCUGCAGGAAUUCUAUACUUGAUUCUUCGUCCCGAUGAAUAUCCAACAGAAGAAUGUACUGAAACUGUAUCAAUCGACGGAAAUACUCCAGAACCAGUUAAAAGUUCUCAUCCUGCUCUCUUUGUUUUCCUAUUGAUGGUCAUUAAUGUUUCGAUUGGAGUUCCAUUAAUGCAGACAUACAGUGCUCUCAUAUUCACUUAUUAUGGAAUGACAACACAUUCUGCAUUACUUUUUUCAGUGUUCUACCCAAUUCUUCAAUUGAUUCCAGUUAUGGUGUCAACAAGAGUUAAUAUUUCCAGAAGAAUUCUUAUUCUCGGAGGAUACUUUAUUUCCAUUAAAAUUCAAUUCUUUCUUAUCAUAACUUCAUCGUACCCAUAUCUUCCACCAAACCAUCAAAUGAUUGCAAUGACUGUACUUCUACUAAUUCUAUCAAUUUCUUUCACUUUUCCAUGCAACACUGCUCUUUGUAUUUUAUUUGAGCAAUUUGAUGGAGCAAAUGUGAAAGUUGCCAGCAAAUCGAGAUGUGUAAUGUGGUUUCUCGCAUCAAUAAGCACCCUAACCUUCUCAAAGAUGUUAACUUCAUAUGGAUUUACUGUCGCCUUCUUUCCCUAUUUUCUUCUCUCUGUCAUCUCGUAUUCAAUCAUGCUCUUUAUUUUUCCAUCAAAGAAACCUUUUUCGAUACAAUUAUGAAUGAAAAUAAAUUGGAAGUUUUAU